AUCAGCCAGCCCAACCAGACCAUCCAAGCCUUCGGGAUCGUUUUGGCAUAGCCGCUACGGGGCAUUACUACUAAUCGAGGCAAUCGACAUUAAAACAUCCACGCGUCCACCUGACUCACACUUAGGCAAACGCUUUUCACCUCGCAACAACCUUCCUUGCCCCCCAGCGCUGAGUCACCCGUGUUUCUAGGCAAGGAUAUUGAAGCAACAUCUGGUAUUUUGGGAAACCUUCUGCAUAUAGUUUUAUCGGUUCCCACUUUCUCCCUCCCUCCUACCUCCUCCACCUACCACAUACUUAUCUCGGCUGCACAACCUCACACCAACUUGCAACCGACACACCCGCCAUAUACACAUACACAUAGAGAUACCGAUGGCGUAUCAGCUGCAACAACAACAACAGCACCACCAAUAUUCAACACCAGUCAAAAUGGAACUUUCUCCCACCGAGUCUUUACUCUCCGUCCCUGGUGACGACUACUCAUCACUCUUUCCCGCCUCUUCCACCGGCGCCGAGUCCCCCUCGACAAUGAACCCUCUCGAGAUGAUGACUCCCCGAUCCAGCUCCGACGACAAGGAUGAGGCCGAUGGUGCCGAGUCUCCCUCGCAAGACGGCGACAAGAAGCCCACCAAGAAGAGAAAGUCUUGGGGCCAAGUCCUCCCUGAGCCCAAGACCAACCUUCCUCCCAGAAAGCGAGCCAAGACCGACGACGAGAAGGAGCAGCGCCGUGUCGAGCGUGUUCUCCGCAACCGCCGCGCCGCCCAGUCAUCGCGCGAGCGCAAGAGACUCGAAGUUGAGGCCCUUGAGCGCCGCAACCAAGAGCUCGAGUCUCUCCUCCUCAACGCCCAAAAGGCCAACCUCCUCCUGGUUGACGAGCUCAACCGCUUCCGCCGCGACUCCGGCGUCGUCACCCGCACAUCGUCACCCCUUGACGCCCUCCGUGACAACAACAUGACUCUCGCUCCCGAGCUUUUCAAGGGUACCGUUGCUCAGGCCAACGGCCUUGUCGACAUCAACGCUACCACCGUAAACCCAGCCUCCAUCUCCCCCGAGCUGGCCCCCGUAUCCGACGCUGCCCUCCAGGCUCAGCAAGCUGAGGCGUCCGCAAAGGCAAGCACUACUCCCGACGUGACACAACAUCCUGCAGCGAUGUUGUCCGACCUGCCGUGUCACAUGUCGGCGAGCGUGCCACUGACCUCUCUGGACUCAACAACAACGCCUCGUUUGGCCUGGUUCCUGCAGCUCAGGAUGCUGCUCCUUUCAGCCUCGGCGAUUCUUACAGCGUGCGAACGGCCGCUGACGCAGAUCGCUAUGUCCUCGAAAGCGGGCUUCUCUCUUCUCCCAACUCCUCAAUUGUUGACGACGAUUAUCUGGCUCGUGACGCUGCCCCCAGCUUCACGCAUCAGCCCGAUUUCGAGCUCUUCGACAUCAACGACUUCCUCAACGACGAGGCCAGCCAUGUCGCCUCUGACAUUAUGGCAGCGAGCCACUAUGCCGCUGCGGACCACGGUUUCGACCUCUCGGUCCACGACUCUGAGAGUCAAGUCUAUUAGGAAAAUCCUAACCAGCAGCCCCUCCCUGGCGCGUCCCUUGAUGGAUGCGACGUUGGCGGCAUUGCGGUUGGUUUCCGAGGGAUGCGACAAUCAGGUCGUUGGCCUAGAGAGCGAGUCCAGUGCGACGCGCGCUCAGGAGAGCGAGCUGACAGAGUGUCUGAGGGGCAUUAAGCUGCCCUCAAGGGAAGUAUUGUUGACUUUGUUGUGGACCUUGAAGGUUGAAUCAGCCAAGUUGAAGAGAAGAGAAGAAUCGACAAUUACAGUUUACGACCCUAACUCGGAAGCCACCGUCAUGGCCCAAAAGCAGCAGCGGAGGUUUCAAAACAUCAGUGCCGGCAGGAGACGUCCUCGCCUGCACUGAUGCAUUUGAACAUACACCAUCAUAUUUUAUUAUUUUUUCAUCAUCUUCUUUUUUGGGGGGACCGGUUAAUAAUCCUUUUUAUCUACUUGUUGCGAGCGCGGCGGCUUUUGCCGUGUCUCAACUUUACUGGCGCAAAAAUGAAUUGGGAACGAAGCAGCCUCUCGAUCGAAAAUGGAUCGAGCCAGCGGGCAUGAAUGAACGGAUCAAAUCAAUUUCAUGUAUACUAGUUAUUUACAAUUGUGGAACAGAAUAUACAAUGUUCACCGUAU